AUGUCGCCCUAUGGGGCGAAAUCAACGAGAAAUUACGAUUAUACUGGUUGCAAAAAAAUCCAGAUUCAUGCAACAAUAAGGACAAAAAUUUCUCAAAAUCUGCACGAGUUUAUCAAGAAGGAAUUAAACCAAAAUCUUGCUUUUCGAGGUGACAAUGAACGAUUCGGAUCUAGUCAUAAUGGCAAUUACUUAGGUAUUUUAGAAUUACUAAGCGAAUAUGACCCUUUGCUUAAAGAGCACAUUAACAUCUACGGAAAUAAAGGACAUGGAGUAACGUCAUACUUAUCAGCAAUUAUUUGUAAGGAAUUUAUAGUCCUUAUGGGGGAAAAAGUUCUUGCUUGCAUUAUAACUGAGUUAAAGAAGUCAAAAGAUUAUUCUUUUUCUGUGGAUUCUACGCCAGACAUUACUCAUCUGGAUCAAUUAACGUUCACCGUACGUUACGUUACAGAUCAAGGGCCUAUUGAACGUUUUUUAAUGUUCGUUCCCAUAGAAGGACAUAAUGCUGAACACUUAACCGAAGUUGUAGUCAAAUUUUUCAAACAUAAUGAUAUUGAUAUAAAUGACUGUAGAGGUCAAUCCUAUGAUAAUGCAUCGAAUAUGUCUGGGCGAUAUUCAGGACUAUGGCAGAAAAUAUUGUCAUAUUUAGGGACCAAAAAAAAAGUUGCUAAAUCGCUAUCCGUUACUCGAUGGUCAGCUCGAAUCGAUGCGAUCGCAGGUCUUUAUAUAAGCUAUCCCGAUAUUACUAGAGUUCUAGAUGAUCUAUCCGAGGACGAUACGCAGUCUAACGAGACAAGAAUUGAAGCUAAGUCUAUUUUAAAGCAAAUGAAAAAAUUUGAAAAUGUCUUUAUGACUGUAGUUUGGUACGAAAUUCUGACACGUAUUAAUGAUACGUCUAAAAAUUUACAGAGAGAAAAUAUGGAUUUGUAUAUUGCAUGCAGUCUUUUGAAUUCCUUAGAACUGUACUUAUCGGAUAUUAGGGAAAAAUUUAAUGCGUUUUUAGAAAAAGCAAAAAGCUUUACUGAUAUUUACGAAACUGAAUCUACAUCUGAUCCAAUAAAUAGAAGGAGAAGCGUAAAACUUACUCGCUUUGAAGGACAGAGUGAAGACACGCAAUUAACUGGAGAUGACAGGCUCAAAAUAGAGGUUUUUUAUCGAGUAAUCGAUUCGCUUUGUUCCAAUUUAAGAACUAUAAAAGCUGGUUACGAAACGAUGAAUGAUGAUUUUAAGUUUUUCAUUGCUCUACCAGAUAUGAAGUAUGAAGAAAUAAAAGAAUGCUGUGAAAAACUUGCCAAAACAUAUGAUCAAGACAUCGCUGCAGCAACUUAA